AUGUGUAGGAAGAACUCCUAUGACACGUACAACUACUCAAGUAGUAUUUUUAACAGUCCAGGGAAGCAAUCCAUGUUGAGCAAAUCUUCGCAAAAUUUAAACGGAAGUUACGGGCACAGCAAUCAGAGUACACAAAAUGAAAUGAUAACUAUUAUCCUAGAGCAGUGUGUGCAGGAAUGGUUCCCCUUCUUAAGAGAGCAUGAAGAUGGAAGAACGAAAGUGGAGGGAAAUAAACGAACCAACUUAAAUGAGGAAAUAAAGAGUCUAAAAAAUUUCUACAAGGGGGUCAGCACCCCGAACUUCCCCCUGAAGAAACUGGGAAAAAUGGACAGGAGCAUUUCUAGUUUGAAUGAUGAAAUUGACGAUGAAGACAUUUUCUACAAUAGCAAUAGUUUGUAUAUGAAUUUGCUCAGCGGAGGAGAGGAGGCAGAACCCCCUUGUGAGGAAGGAGAAGCCAGCCAUGAAGGGGGCAACUCCCGGGGUGAAGAAGACGAUGUCCUCUUUAAUGAAGCGUACACCAGAGCAAAAACCAAAAGGCAGGAAGAGAACGAAGACGCCAUACGCGGAAGAAAUCCGCUAGAGGAGAAUCUCUUCUAUGACUGCGUAGCGGAAAAGGAGGGCGCGCACAAUAAAGGUGACAGCAGGAACGCGAAGAAGUGCGUGAAUGAGGGCCAUAGUGAGGACCAGCAGGGGGAAGAAGGAACCCCCGUGUGGUCACUGCAAAAGAUAAGGAACCAAAACGAAGACGAAAAGAAAAACUUUUAUCUGCAAAAAUGUAGAGAUCAGAUGAGCGAGAAGAAGGAGCACAAGAUGAAGCAGCCCCUCUCGUUAUUGAAGAGGAGGGAGGACGGAAAAAGGGAAGAGGACAACAAUAGCGACGGCCUCCACCAGGAUAAGGAGGAGGGGGAGGUGGAAGAGGAAGAGGAGAAAUACAGAUUGCAAGACAGGGUUAACGCACUCAGCGGGGGUAGACACAAUCGUAGUGAUUAUGACGGUCGCGACACAAGCGCAGUUAACUCUUCGCACAGCAAAAAAGGUGCAGAGGAGGAAGAAGAAGAACAGGAACAGUGUCACCAACGCAAGAGGAACAUGAGACACCUCACUGUGCAGGGUCUGAGGAGAAGAGAGGAGGACAUAACCACCCAAGGUUAUCUAUCAAAUAGAAGGAAGGAAAAAAUAUCAAACGUGUCCAAAUUGGCUGAUUCACAGAAGGGGGAUAACUGCAUCAACAGAGAGUCGGUUCCACGGGAGGAUUACUCCAGUAGGAGCAUAAAUAACAUCAUUCAGGAGAUAAAAAAGGAGGAAUCAAAGGAGAAAAACUUCACCAUGGAUUCAUAUGGAACUGUGUACCUGUCCAUAUGCACGAAAGUUUUGGGAAAAGACGUCGAUUAUUUCUUAACCCCCAGAAUGUUACCCAAUGAGGAACUAUUAAAUGAAAAAAAAAAAAUCAAAGAGAUUUUAAAACUUUACGAUAAGUUAUUUUAUAGUCAUUUUAAAUUUAUCCCAAACAAGAUUUACAAGGAAACGUUAAGACCUAUUUAUUCGUAUUACCAGAACUUGAAAUGUACCCUCGUAGGGGGGGGGAUGUCAGUGGGUUCGUUCGAUGGCAAGUCUAGAAAAAGCUGCUCGCUAAGCAGGGACUACGAAAUUGAAAGAAGCACCAAUUACAACUCGCAUGACGAGAUUAAAAGCAUCGAGAGUAGGCCCGCCGACAGUCUGGAGUACAAAAAAUUGGGAAGCUCCUCCAACGCGGAGUUCAAGACCGUGGGGAGCUCCUCGAACGCGGAGUACAAAAACUUGGGGAGCUUCUCCAAUUUAAUAAAGGACCAGAACAUUAAGAAGAUUUUGCUGGACGUGGAUGACAGUAAAGACAUAAGUCACUUGGAAAAAAAGUACAAAUAUAUUUACAAAGAUCUGGUGAAGCUAAAGAGUCUGCUGCUAAAAAAAAGGCAUUAUAAAAAUAUACUUUUCGAAUAUCAAAAAAAAUUCGUUCAAAAUAACAACAGGUGUGUCAAAACGUACAGAGAUAUAUAUCCCGUGGAGAAGGAAUAUAAAAUUUACACCCAAAUUAAGAAGGAAACUGGGGAUGUCAUUAACAGCAUUAAUGCCAAUUAUAAGAAGCAUUACUUCAAUGGCUGA